AUGGAUGAAGCUAUUAACUUGUCUGAUGAUGAAGGUGAAGAGGAGGUUGGAAGCGUUCCAAAUAAAGCAGAAGUUCCAUCAGGUUCUAAAGCUUCUAAAGCUGCUAAAGCUACUAAGAUGAAAGCAAAGAAACUGAAACCAAACUUAUCUGGUAACCCUGUGAAACGCCAACGUAAGCUUACUUCCCCUGUUUGGAAACAUUUUGAAAUGAUUGAUGAAUUAGAUGAAAAUGGAAAUAUUCAGUGUAAAUGCAAGAAAUGUGGGACUAAAUACAUUGCUAAAAGUAGUCAUGGGACAGGGAAUAUGCUUAGACAUGCUAGGUCCUGUAACACAAAUAAUUAUGCUGAUGUUGGUCAACUUUUGAUAAAAACCAUCACGAAUGGUUCAUUUGGAACUCGAUCUGCCAUGUAA